GUCAGUGCGGAAGGACAGUCUUUCUUGGACCACGCUUUUAAAGUUGUUUCAGCGAUGUUUGCUCCUUUUGUUGCUGCGAUUGUGAAACGGCGAUCCGCGCCGCGUGACGGGCUCGCGACGGAGAUGUUUGUCGGACAAAGACGGACAGCGGCUCCUCGCUUCCGAUGCUUUUGAAUUUCACAGUCGACUUCUUUCAGAGAAAACAGCUCGGCUAGGUUUGCUGUUGCGGACAGACGGUUGACGGUGGAAAUGAUUGCUGGCCAAGUCGUUAGACUUAGCGGUAUAUGGGAAUUAUUCUGAUUUAUAAAGCCAGUGUUGGUUGUGAAGUAACUACAUCGUUGUCAUUGUGAACUGCACCGAUAGCUUCACAAACCACACCACUGUUCUCAUUUUAAGCACGCUGUAUGCGGAAUGAAACGUCUUUGUAUGACUUUUACAGAUGACCUACCCGGACUUCAGGCUUAGGUCGGUUUAAAGAAACGAUUCCUCGAGUUCGGCGCGCGCAGAGGCAGAGCGCGCUCGCGCACGUCUGCAUCCAAAACCAGGCGCGAGGCCUCUGCAGAAAAAAGUCGAGAUUUCGGGUAGUGUUAACUCAGCGUUUAGAUGUAGUGCGUGAGAUGUAGUGUGUGUUGCUGAGAGACACUCUGAUGCCUCAACAUGUUCCUCUUCCUGCUGUUGGUCUUACACUCUAAAGCCAAUGCUCAGAUAAACCCAGCGCUCUGCCGCUAUCCUCUUGGCAUGGAGGAUGGCAGGAUCAAAAACGAUGACAUCACAGCCUCCAGCCAAUGGUAUGACACGACCGGGCCGCAGUACGCAAGGCUGAACAGAGAGGAGGGUGACGGAGCGUGGUGUCCUGCUGGUCAGCUGCAGCCGUCUGACGUGCAGUACCUGCAGCUGGACCUGCGCCAGCUUACCUUCCUCACCGUGGUGGCCACACAGGGACGCUACGCUCGCAGCUCCGGCAACGAGUUCGCCCGCAAGUACCGGCUGGACUACAGCCGCGACGCCCACCGGUGGCUCUCCUGGAAGAACCGCUACGGCAACGAGAUCAUAAUGGGAAACGUGAACACGUAUGAGUCAGUGGUGAAGGAUCUUCAUCCCCCCAUCAUCACACGCUACCUCCGGCUCAUCCCCGUCACAGACGCCGUGCACACAGUGUGUAUGCGCAUUGAGCUGUUCGGCUGUCCUUGGCAAGAUGGCCUGACAGCGUAUAGUGCCCCCGAGGGACAUACAAUGAUGGCGCCAGGCUACCCCAUCACCCCCCUGAACGACUCCACCUACGAUGGGGUCCUGGAGCGCAGGAGACUGCUGGGUGGUCUGGGGCAGCUCACUGAUGGUGUGGCGGGGCAGGACGACUUUGGGCGCGUGCAGCAGUACAAGCCGUGGCCAGGCUACGACUACGUGGGCUGGCGGAACGACAGCCUUGGCCCAGGAUACGUGGAAAUGGAGUUCCAGUUCGACAGGCGACGGAACUUCACCUCCAUGAAAGUGCACAGCAACAACAUGUUUACGCGCGGCGUGAAGGUCUUCUCGGCCGUGUCUUGCGUCUUCAAGGCGCACCUGAUCUCCAAGUGGGACCCAGAGGCGGUGACGUUCGCCACGGUGCUGGACGACCGGAACCCGAGUGCGCGCUAUGUCACGGUGCCACUGGGACGGCGCUCUGGGACAGCCCUGCGCUGCCGCUUCAGCUUUGCCGACACCUGGAUGAUGUUCAGCGAGAUCUCCUUCCAGUCCGUGAUGACCCCUCUGCCCAUGCCGCCGGCAAUGACCCUGCCCCCGACGACGACCCCAGCCCCGCCAAUGACUCCGGCUCUGGCUACAGCGGCGAGCCCUGGUCUGACCACGCUAAAAGCAGAUGUCAGCACGGUGUUGUCUAAGACACACCCCCCUGAAGAUGGCAGCACUUCAAUCCUGAUUGGCUGCCUGGUCACCAUUAUCCUCCUGCUAGUGGUUAUCAUUGUCCUGAUUCUGUGGUGCCAGUAUGUGUGUAAAGUCCUGGAGAAGGCCCCUAGGCGGAUUCUAGAAGAGGAGGUGACUGUGCGUCUGUCCUCCAGCAGUGACACGAUCGUCCUGCAGACGCCUCCCAUUCCUCCGCGGGACCCCCUGGACCCCCCCUAUGAGAGAGUGUUCCUGCUGGACCCCCAGUACCAGGACCCAGCUGCCCUUGGACUCAAACUGCCAGAGCUGUCAGAGAGCGCAGAGGCCUCGGACUGUGGGGGUGGGUACGCUGAGCCUGACAUUACCCAGUGUACCCCUCACCAGGGUUUCCAGAGCAGUGUACCCCACUACGCCGAGACCGACAUUAUCAACCUGCAGGGCGUCACCGGUAGCAACAUGUAUGCUGUGCCUGCCCUGACUGUAGACUCACUCACCCGCAAGGAUAUCUCUGCCGCCGAGGUCCCCCGCCAGCAGCUUGUCUUCCGUGAGAAGCUGGGGGAGGGCCAGUUUGGAGAGGUGCACCUCUGUGAGGCGACGGGCCUGGUGGAGUUUCUGGGGGAGGGUGCCCCGUUGCCCGAGCAGGAUGGCAGGGCCGUGCUGGUGGCUGUGAAACAGCUCCGAGCAGAUGCCACCUGCAAUGCCAGGAAUGACUUCCUGAAGGAGAUAAAGAUCAUGUCAAGGCUGAAUGACCCGAACAUCAUCCGGCUCCUGUGUGUGUGCGUACGCUCUGACCCACUGUGCAUGGUCACUGAAUACAUGGAGAACGGGGACCUGAACCUGUUCCUGUCUCAGAGGGAGAUGGAGAGCACACACACCCACGCCAACAACAUCCCCUCCGUCAGCAUGGCAGACCUGUUGCACAUGGCUGUACAGAUUGCGUCGGGGAUGAAGUACUUAGCCUCUCUGAACUUCGUGCAUCGGGACUUGGCCACGCGUAACUGCCUGCUGGACCGUCAUCUCACCAUAAAGAUCUCCGACUUCGGCAUGAGCAGAAACCUGUACAGUAGUGACUACUACCGCAUCCAGGGCCGCGCCGUACUGCCCAUCCGAUGGAUGGCAUGGGAGAGCAUUCUACUGGGUAAAUUCACCACAGCGAGUGACGUCUGGGCAUUUGGUGUGACCCUGUGGGAGAUUUUCACGCUGUGUAGAGAACAGCCCUACAGCCUACUGACAGAUGAGCAGGUCAUUGAGAACAGUGGAGAGUUCUUCAGGAACCAGGGGAGACAGAUCUAUCUCUCCUCUCCUCCGCUGUGCCCAUCUUCCCUAUUUGACCUGAUGAUGUGUUGCUGGAGACGUGACAUCAGAGACCGCCCCUCCUUCAGCAGCUUGUACCAGGCCCUGCGACCUCACGCCCACCACUAAUGACUGAUACCUGCUCCAACCAAUCGCCUCGGAGCACAGACCUGGCCUAGCCAGUCAGCUCUGAGGAUGAGCUGGGAGGUGGUCUGGAAGUCUUUCCCUUUAGCUGAUCAGCUGGAGAGUGCUGCAGCUACAUAACCAUGGAUGUUGAAGAGGACCCGGAGCCGGCAUCAUCACCUGAGAAGAAUCUUCAGAUGGUCACCUCCAAACGGGUGGUUCACAGUUCCAGUACAAGGAACUCCUCCACCUCCCAGUUUAGUAUUUAACUUGCUCCUCCAUGCCUGGAUGAGGAGCUGGAGCAGGGGAAGCCCUACUCCAUGCAGUGUGAGGAGAGCCUGGGAUCCACUGCCCUAUAGUGGCUCUCGAAUAGAGAUGUGACUCCACAUCCAUAGACACUUGUACUUCAUCUUUUAUUUGUUUUGGAUCUUUUCAUUGUCAUUCCUUUUUUUUUAAAUGUAGUUUUAUCUUUGCCAUUACAUGGAUGGUCACAAUUGGUCUUUAAUGGAUGAUCAGUACAAAUAUGGUCUUUACACAGAUGAUCUUCCCUUUGGGGUCUCUGGCCUCUUGGAGCCUCGUGCGCCAACGAGAAACCACUCAAAGUAGUGGCUUCUUCUCUGAGUCCUGUGGUCCUGUAACCCUAAGCACUACUGUCAUGUGUUGUUGUUAUAUGUUACAUAUAUACUCCCCCUCCCCACACUGGAGAUGUUAGGACUUACUAUUCUGACUAUAAUGUGGAGUGUUUGAUGUUCAUUUGUUUUUGUUUUUUAUUGUUUUCAGAAUAUGAAUGUUGUACAGGUUUAUGUGGCUGGGUCAGGGUGGAGUUUUGUGCUGUAGCUGACCUGAGUGGAACUACUGUCAUAGUUAAAGAGUUGGAGCUCUUUCCUGAGAGAGAGGAGUCUGUCCAGCCCCAGAUGGGCCCGUGUAGAGCUGAACGCACUGGACCUCUCACCGUCUCCCCUUGUCCCCAGUAUCAAGCUUUUCCUCUGCUGUAGUAGCAGAAGCAUCACAGCUAGGCAUGCAGCAAGCACUGCAUGCACUGAUGCUCCAAAACAGAUACCAGUCCCCACGCCUAGAGAUCGAACACCGUGUAGAGUUUAGCGUCAACCUCCGUUCUGGAGAUCAACCACCCUGCAGAGUUUAACUCCAACCCCUGGUCUGGAGAUCCACUGCACUACAGAGUUUAGCUCCAGUUGUGCGCCUGAGGAUCCAUCACUUAGCAGUUUAGCUCUAAACCUUCUCUGCAGAUCUGUCACCCUGUAGAGUUUAGCUCUAACCCCUGACCUACAGAUCUACCACCCUGCAGAGUUUAGUUCCAACCACUUUCCUGGAACUCAACUACCCUGCAGAGUUUCACUGCAACACCCUGGUGCAGAAUUUAAUUCCAGCCCUGCUCUUGGAGAUCUCUCAACCUGCAGAAUUUAGCUCCAACCCUGCUUAAUGGAGAUCCACCGCCCUGCAAGCUUUAGCUCCAUCUCUUUUCCUGAAAAGCUACUAUCUGGUAGAGUUUAACUCCAAACCUGCUCCUGGAGAUGCACCACCCUGCAGAGUAUUUCUCUAACUCUGCUUCUGGAGUUUAGUUCCGACUCUGAUUUUAAAACAGGAAAUUUUGACAAAGGGCUUCUGAAGUUCCUCAACAUCCUGAAUAGCUGGACCAGGUUUGCUGGAUCGUCCUGAAGAUGUUUGAGCAUUUCAGAUGUAGAAUGACAUCUGUACAGUGUGUCACUUUUAAAUGAACUCAAAAUUCUCCAGCAGAACUCUGGAACCUCGAAUGCUCUGUGACCUGCUGGGAGCUUGGGGGGAACACGGGGACAUCCUGGAGAGUCAUAUAAUGUGAAAAAAGGCAUCAUGGCAAGUCAGCCAGCUCAGAAACAGUUCGAGAAUAAUACCCUAUGAGUAGGUUGAGAUCUCUAGAACCCUAUAUGCCUUAGGAUUCUAGUGCCUUAAUUCUGGUGUGUAUAUGGGCUGUGGUUUACAGAGAUCUCCUUCAGUCGACAGUCUACAGUCACUGUGUAUAAACGAGGCCUGAUUUCUCUGAUGUGUUCAGAAGGCACAUGGCUAUGGGGGGGAAUAUAUUUGCAAUCUUAAACUUAUACAAAGCACAUUUUCUUCUUUUAUCUCUUAAUAUUUUCUUUAUUCAGUGUUGCUUAUGUUUCAUAAUUUUUCAGCAGUAGUUUGAACAGGCACUCGAAUAUUAGGAUAUCGGCAUGAUUCGGGGCGAUUUGGAGGACUAAGGAGACUACGUUAAAUGAUUUGGUAUUUCCUUCUGUUUUGUGAUCAUGUGAUUGCCUCAGUAGUCAUUCUCAUGUCCAGAUGCUGAGGGGUUGGGUGUGUGUGUGUGUGUGUGUGUGUGUGUGUGUGUGUGUGUGCGCGUGCGAUUUGUGGGUGCAUUUAGAUCUGACGAGUUGAGUUGUUAAAAGUUCAUGAAAUUGCUAUUAUCUAUAAUCUCUUUUGUGGUUAUAUGUAAUUGCCUUUCCAAGGAGUGAUCUGAGCUGUCGUGUGACUUCUUCCACACCUCGCACUCCCUUCUGUACUGUCUUGCAUAUUAAAUACAUAUCAAAUUUG